AUGUCUCAGAUCUUCGAUCCUUUGGGUCUCGUAGGACCAGUAGUCGCCAGUGCCAAGAUGUUUCUCCAGCGAUUAUGGCAAUUAAACCUGGAUUGGGAUGAUGAACUUCCGGACCAGUUGCAAUCUUGGUGGCUGUCCUUUCGAGCAUCACUUGCAACAAUUAAGGGUCUUCGUAUACCACGAUGGAUUCGAAGCUUCGAAUCGGAUGAAUACGAGCUGCAUUGCUUCACAGAUGCAUCCGAAAAGGGAUACGGCUGCUGCAUCUACGUAGUAUCUGCUGCUGCUGGUUUCAAGACCAGUCAUUUGCUGAUCGCCAAGUCUCGUGUAGCUCCUACAAGUGGGCUAUCCAUUCCCCGUUUAGAGCUAUGCGCAGCCGUUCUGGGAAGCCAGCUAGCUGACAGUGUCCUUCACACAACAAAGUUUGCCGGAAAAUUAACAUUCUGGACAGGUUCCACUAUCGUCUUGCACUGGAUAAAUACACCGUCUUCCACAUGGAAAGUUUUUGUGUCAGAUCGCGUUGCAGAAAUCCAACGACUUACCAAGGGCUUCCAGUGGCGACACGUCCCUACCACGGACAAUCCAGCAGAUUAUCUGCAAGCGACCGAACGUAAGGUAACUGUGGCGCUUCAUGUGAGUGUUCCUGAUGAUUCUCUGAUCCAUGCAUACUCCGAACUUGCGCCUCUGCUCAGAAUCACCGCGUACUGCAAGCGAUUUGCCUUCAACUGCAAAACUACAAAGACUAAACGCAAUACGGGCAAUAUAACCGUAGACGAAUACGACAGCGCUUUGAAAACUCUCGUACGUCUCGCACAACACACUGCUUUCAAUGCAGAACUGCAAUAUUUAAAGAGAAAAAACCAAGCAAAACCAUCGCUAAAAGAUGUUCAAUUCAAAUCGCCUAUCAAGAAUCUUGAUCUUAUGUUCGAUUCAAAUGGACUUCUGCGCAUUCAUGGUCGUCUCGCUGAACUCUCAAAUUCAUACGACAGCCGUUUCCCGAUGGUACUACCGGCAGAUCAUCAGCUCUCAAAGCUAAUAGCUAGAUCGAUUCAUCAUGAAACUCUUCAUGCUGGACCCACACAGUUACUCGCAACAAUUAGGCAGCGCUUCUGGCCUAUCCGUGGCAGGGAUCUAGUUCGAAGGACAGUCCAUCGUUGCGUGACAUGUUUUCGUUGCCGCCCGAAAGCAAGUGAACAAUAUAUGGCGCCACUGCCUGCUUCACGUAUUACGCCAGCAAAGGUUUUCGAACACACGGGGCUAGAUUACUGCGGGCCGUUUCUCGUUCGACCUCUCGCGGGAAGGGGUGCUUCGGUUAAAGUCUGGGUCGCAGUGUACGUGUGCUUCGCCGUGAAAGCCGUUGAGCUAGACAUCGUUGCCGGGUUGUCAGCAGCCGCGUGUGUGAAUUCGCUUAGACGCUUCGUUAGCCGAGUCGGUCGUGUUCGUGUCGUUCACUGCGAUAACAGCACCUCGUUUAUUGGCGCGAUUCACGAAGUUAAGGAGAUGCGACAAAAGCUCAUUGAACAACUAAGAUCCAAUCAUUUAACAAACGAGUGUUUGGAGAAAGGCAUCGAAUUCCAGUUCAUUCCGCCUCGAGCCCCGCACUUCGGCGACUUAUGGGAGGCGGCAGUAAAGGCCUUCAAAUACCAUUUUCAACGAAUAAUGGGGUCUUCACCGUAUCACAUGGACGAUCUGCGAACUGCCAUCGCUCAAGCCGAGUGUAUGAUGAACUCUCGACUAUUGACACCGCUUUCCAACCAUCCAGAAGACUUAUCCGUGCUCACGCCAGCUCACUUCCUAUUAGGAGAACCCGCCUUCCGUCUCCCGGAACCAGACUACUCAAACACACCAAUUAAUCGACUCUCCCGAUUCUAG